UUCACCUGGCUAGAAAGGUGAAUGCCACACCUUCUAGACCCUGUUGAAGGGAUAUGUAUAUGACUGGGAUUCAUUAAUAGGACUCUCACGUCAUGGUGGUCAAGUUACAUUUCUAUUAAAUGAGAUGCUUUUACAAAAUGUCCCAAAAUUAAGAGGCAGGAAGAGAUCCCUGACAAUACUUUCUAGAAUGAAAAUGCCACCAUGAACCUAUAUCCUUGUUGAUGGGGAACUCCUUGAUCCUAUUAGCAUUUUGAUGAGACAGACUGGUGAUUGAAAAAAAGGAUAGGAGGUGUGUGUGAAUGAAAGCAGUCAGGGGGGUACAAGUAACUUCCUUUGUCCUAAACUGAUUUGGCUCUGCAGGUAGCCAGUGAAGAGGUCACAGGAAGAUUCAGGAAAAGGGGUGGAGAUUUUAAGGAGGAUAGGUCUAUUCAAAUGCUCUGUGUGGUUUGCCUUUAAAUGUCUCCACAGACCUUGCUUUGCUUGGACAAACUUUUGGAUUCAGCACUAGAGGAGUCAUCCAGACCACAAACGCAAGAAAUUGGUGGCUGUCUAAAUCCAUUUUAGUGUGAAGGAGACAUACCAAAAGUCAACAUUUAGACUAUGUUUGGUAGAGUCAAGUUGGAAAUGAAAGACCCAAUGGACUGGCAUUCAAUGUAUCCAGAAAGUGAGGUAUAUUCUGGAAUACAUAACAUGAAUAACGGCCUUCAAAAUAAUACUUUCAUGUCUAGUGAUGUCUCAACUGCAACAAUGACCUACAUGAAUAAUUCCAUGGCCGGACCUGUAAGCAGCAUCCAGAACCAAAACAAUUUGAGUUCUAUGAACUCCCUAGUCCACAAUAUGGGAGGGCCGACAACAUCAUCAGCAUCUUCAUCUGCUUACCCACUGGGCUAUUCUCAAGGAGAAACAGAGUUCCAGAGGGAUCCUCGGACCUAUCGGAGAAACUAUUCCCAUGCCAAACCUCCCUAUUCAUACAUUUCACUUAUAACAAUGGCCAUCCAACAGUCCCAAAACAAGAUGAUGACACUGAAUGAGAUCUACCAGUGGAUCGUUGACCUUUUUCCUUACUACAGACAAAACCAGCAGAGGUGGCAAAACUCAAUUCGUCACUCUUUGUCAUUUAAUGACUGCUUUGUUAAAGUUCCGCGUUCACCAGAAAAACCAGGAAAAGGCUCCUACUGGACUCUUCAUCCAGACUCUGGAAACAUGUUUGAAAAUGGAUGCUAUCUGAGAAGACAAAAGAGGUUCAAGUCUGAAAGAUCUAGGACUGCAGAUUCAGAAAAGAAACCCAGCAAACCUGGAGAUGAGAUGUCCGUUAGAUUAAGAGAGUCUCCAGCUGUUUAUGAUGAGAGUUCCUCUUCACACUCACCAAAUAAUGCAGUUACCACCAGUGGAGACAGGGACUCCUCAGUGGCAAUACCCCAAAUAAAUGUGGCUUCACCAGUGGGAAUUAGCCCUAACUCUGAACAAGGCGGGUCUUCAUUACAGAUCUUGUACCCAUUGGGUCUCUCUAAUGAAGGUUAUCUUGGCAUGGUGGGAGAAGAUGUCCAGAUGAAACAUGAGCAAUUUGUUGGGAGGCACCCAUUCUCUAUCACGCAACUCAUGUCUUCUGAAAAUGCACACACAUACUCCAGUAAAAUUGAUAUGUGUCCAACCACAGAUCAUCUUGCUCACUACCAGAACUACACUUCUGAUUAUCAUAACAUGACCUCUUCGAAAAAUGUAAUGGACAUGCCAUCAUCCCCUGAUGCAGGCUACUAUAGUAAUAUGUAUUCCAGACCCAUUCUCAGUUCUUUGUGAAUGUCAAAAUAUUUCAUACUAAGCUUUGUUGAGAUGCUUUAUUUAAACCCACAUUGACACAGUCAUUUUAAAUUCUAGACUAAGAUUUUAGAAUAACACUAGAAACUGAUAUACUGGUAAUUCUCCAGCUUUUGAACUUUGUUCAAAUGUAAUAAACUGUGUAAAAUUAGGUUGCACAGUUGUCAUACAUGCUUGAAAUGGUAUAAAUACUCUGCCAUUUCUAAUGCAGUUAUUAAAUACAUUUCUUGGAUUGGUUCAAUAGUGCACAACAUUCUAAUAUAUUGUGCAAUAAAGUAGAAGUAUUAAAAUAUAACUAUUGUUGAAUUGCACAACUGCCUCCCCCUAAUUCACACAAUAGGUUAUUUGGCUGACUUUAAUUUCCAGUAAAGAAAUUAAUAACAGUUCUCAAUCAUAUCAAUUUCAUCAUAGUUUUAGAGCCGGUUCACACUGGGGCGACUCGUCAGGUGACUCAGCCGCCUGACAAG